AUGACUUUCGCUCUUCUUUCUUUCUCAUUUCAAUUUCUUCACUCUCCUCCCUCUCAUUAUUUUACUCCACCUCCGUCUCACUCUCUCUCCUCUCUCUCUCACACACUCCUCUCUCUCUCUCUCUCUCUCUCUCUCUCUCUCUCUCUCUCUCUCUCUCUCUCUCUCUCUAAAACACACAAAGACUCACGCAUAAGUUCUUUCUUUCUAUACAAACUGGAUACAGUUCCAUCACCUUAUUCGACUCGAGUUGAAUUAUUAUUAUUACCCCCCCUCUCUCUCUCUCUCUCUCUCUCUCUCUACAUUCCUACAUUUUCUCCCCCCUCACUAAUUUCAUUCCUAUUCACUCUCUAUAUAGGUUUUCAACUUCUUCCUUUCUUGUAUCAACCUUCUCUGUCUUCUCUCUCUAAAUUCAUCACUGUCACUCUUUCCCUACUCCUCUCUCUCUCUCUCUCUCUCUCUCUCUCUCUCUCUCUCUCUUCUAUCUAA